AUGAUUUUACCUUCUUCUCAAUCAGGUGUACCAUUUAUCUCAGAGAUCAGGAUUGUGCUGCUUGGGAAUAAAGGAGCAGGAAAAACAUCUCUAGCAAACAUGAUUUUGGGCAGACAGACUGCAUCCCCCCAAAAUACUGCACAGUGUGUAAAGCUCCGUGGGGUUGCAGCUGGAAGACUGGUCACUCUGGUUGACAGUCCUGGCUGGUGGAAGAACUUUCUUGUGCAUGAGACUCCGGAGUUUCAAAAACAGGAGCUGGUGCUAAGCAUGGCUCAUUGUCAAUCAGGACUCCAUGCUGCCCUUCUAGUCAUACGUGCAGAUGCUCUAUACACGGAGAAAAACAAAAGAGCAGCACAGCAGCACCUGGAGCUUUUUGGAAAGGACAUCUGGAAGCAUACAUUGGUUGUGUUCACUUAUGGUGAUCAUUUUCAAGAUCAAACAGUUGAGCAGUACAUUGAAAGUGAAGGAGAAACUUUUUUGCAAUGGCUCGUGAGAAAAUGUGGGAACCGUUAUCACAUUUUCAACAUUGAUCGGUACUGUGGUACCCAGGUGAAGGAGCUGCUUGAGAUGAUUGAGGAUAUGGUGGUGAGAAAUAGUGGCUACUGUUAUGAAAUGGAUAAAAAGUGUCUGUAUGAAGUCACAAACAAGAGGAGGGAGGCAGAGGAGAAAGCAAACAAGAGGAGGAUGAUAGCACAGAAACAAAGAGAUGCGCAUGAAGGACAUAACUACUCUCUGUCCAACAUAAGAAUGGUGUUGUUAGGCUAUCGAAGAUCUGGAAAAAGUUCUAUCAAAAAUAAUAUCCUUGGGAGAGAAAACACUGAAUUGAAGAGAACCACACAGUGUGUGAAGACUCAGGGUGAGGUUGCUGGAAAAGUCAUUACUGUUCUAGACACACCAGGCUGGUGGAAGACUCUCACAGCAAGAGACACUGCAGAACUAGACAAGCACGAACUAUUACGCAGCACUUGUCUGUGUCCCCCAGGACCACAUGCUUUACUCUUGGCUCUACGUUUAGAUAUGCCAUUCAGAGAGGAAGAAAUGAAAUCAUUGGAGGACCAUAUGGGUCUCCUUGGUGAGCAUGUUUGGAAACACACUAUUCUUGUCUUCACACAUGGGGAUUUGCUUGGUGACCUGACUGUUGAGCAGUACAUUGAGAGUGAAGGGGAGGCCUUAAAGAUACUUGUUGCAAAAUGUAGAAACCGGUAUCACGUUCUCAAUAACAAGAAUUUCCUAGAUGGCACACAAGUGAUGGAGCUGUUUAAGAAGACAGAGAAGAUGGUGGCAGAAAAUAAGGGCCUUUAUUAUGAAAUGAACCCAAGGACGUAUAGGGAAAUAAAGCAGAAAUGGAGACUGAUGGAAAAAAAAUCCAAGAUGAGGCAGAAGGUGAACCAUAAAAGGAUGACAAGAUCAGUAAAAGGUGCUGGGCAGCAUCUGAGUGAGCUUAGCCUCAUUCUUCUGGGGUACGGUGAAUCUGGUAAAACAUCAUCAAGUAACACUAUCCUAGGCACAACAGAUUUUGGAUUCAAAAGAACUUCCCAGUGUGUGAAGAAAAUGGCAGAGGUAGAAGGAAGACUACUCACUGUGAUAGACACACCAGGAUGGUGGAAACGUCGUUCAAUAGAAGAAAUGCCACAAUGUAAUAAAGAAGAAAUUUUACAGAGUGUUACACUGACCUCUCCAGGCCCAGUCAGUUUUUUACUGGUCAUCCGUCUGGACAGUUCUUUUCAAGAGGAAGAGAGAAAUGCUGUGAAGGAUCAUAUGAAACUUUUCGGAGACACAGUCUGGGACCAAACAAUAGUUCUUUUUACUUGUGGUGAUUGGUUAGGAGACAGAACCAUUGAGCUGUACAUUGAGAGUGAAGGUGAGGCACUGAAGUGGAUUCUUGAAAACUGUGGGAAUAGGUAUCAUAUUCUUAGCAACAAGAACCUGAAAAGUCACAAUCAGGUUAGUGAACUCCUGAAAAAAAUAGAAGAACUGGUGGCAGCAAACAAAGCAUGUUGUUCAACGGAUUGGAAGAAGACAGUCAGAAAAUUGGACAAUGUUCAGGCCAGUGAGAGAGAAACACAAAAACAAACUGAUGAUUUUGAUUCAGAUGAUGACAUAUUUAAUACUGACAUAAAAUACAAUUUUUUAAAAGACCUUUAAGUGUAGCUUAAUACUAAGAAUAAUUUAGAGAUGAUUUCUAAGUAUAUUAAAGUACACUAUUUUAUGAAAGCGACAUAACUAGCAGUUAGCAAAUUAAUUUUACUAGGUAAUGGAAUAUAUAAUAUUGUUAUAAAUAUGCAGAUGGAUGUAAAUGUAGGUUGAUAAAAAGUGUCAGGUGUGUUGUGUGAUAAAAGAGUAUCAGUGAGAAUGAAAGGAAAGGUGUACAGGACAGUGGUGAGACCAGCGAUGCUCUACAGCUUAGAGACAGUGGCGCUGAAGAAAAGGCAGGAGGCAGAAUUGCUGGUAGCAAAAAUGAAGAUGUUGAGGUUCUCUUCAGGGGUGAUGAGAAUGGAUAUGGUCAAGAAUGAGUCCAUCAGAGGGACAACCCAUGUUAAAUGUUUUGGAGAUAAUGUCAGAGUUGCCAGAUUAAGGUGGUUUGGACAUGUUUAGAGGAUUGUGAAUAUAUUGGUAGAAAGAAGCUGAGGUUGGAACUGCAAGGCAGGAGAUCUAAAGGAAAAGCAAAGAGGAAAUUUAUGGAUGCAGUGUGAGAGGACAUGAAGUUAGUUGGUUACAAAGGAUAGGCUUAGAUGGAGGCAGAUGAUUCUCUGUGGCGACCCCUGAAAGGUAACAGCCGAAGGACAAUGAAGAAGAGAAUGGAUGGAGUCCAGUUUGUUAUUGGAGGGUCGGGUACAAAACUGUGAAUAAUUGCCCUUAUGAACUAAUAAGCGACUGCAGUCACAAGUCCUCAAAGAGCAGCUUUCUGCAUCAGCCGAGGCCAGGAUAUUCUUCAUGGUUUACGUAAGUGCAACCAUCCCCAGUCACCACACAUAUCCCAAGCAGACCACAUGAGGCCUCCAUGCGAUGAGAUCUCCAACCAAAAGCGUGUCACCAGUUUUGAAUUUUACAUGCAUGAGGUAACUCUUGUUAACUCAGGUAACUCUUGGC